CCACUCCCGCCACUGAGAUACGGAGAAAUUCUCUGCUGGUGAAGUAGAGGAGCGAUGCCGUCGAGCACCUUCUCAUUCGGCGCUCGUUAUCCAAUCAUCACCUGCCACGCGUCCUCUCCGGUCGUGCCGGAAGUUGCUCCUCCUCCUCCUCCGCCGCCGAGCUCCUCCGCGUCUAUCUCCAACCUCUCGCUAUCUUGCGCACUCCAAUGCCCUCAUUUCCAGUCGUGCUCCGGUUGUACGCACGAGUUCAAUCUCCACCGUCCAGUGAUCGUCGACGAAGCUUCCGAUUUCUUCAAGCGUGUCGGCGUCGACGAUUUCACUUUCGAUAGUUGUAGGCUGUGGGGAUGGAGGUGCCGAGCGAAAUUGGCAGUUCGUGGCUCGUCGGGAAAUGCGUUGAUAGGGCUUUACCAGGAAGGAACUCAUACUGUUGUCGAUAUUCCUCAAUGUAAAGCUCAUCAUCCUAAUAUCAAUGCUGCAGUCGAGUUACUGAGAGCAGGUAUUAAGGAGUUGAAUGUCGAGCCAUUUGAUGAGGAUCUUGGCACAGGGGACUUACGAUAUGUUCAGAUGGCUGUUACGACGCACAGCACAUCACUUCCUGCGCAAGAGAGAUACAAAAACGGAAAAGUGCAGGUAUCCUUAGUUUGGAACUCAAGAAAUGAGAAAUCCCAUAACUCAGAUAAACUGCAUGCUCUGUCCAAUUUCUUAUGGAGAAGGGGUGGACCAAAGAGCAAGUUUCACUUGAUCCACUCUGUCUGGGCUAACUUUCAGACAUCAACUAACAAUAUAAUAUUUGGCAAUCGGUGGAGGCAUCUAUUAGGUGAGAGAGAUUUCUGGGAACACGUCGGAGGGAUUGACAUAUCCUUGGAUCCCUUCAGUUUUGGCCAAGCAAAUACACGGGCUUUCAAUAGCUUGCUCCGGAAACUGCAAGAGUAUGUUGUCCGUGGAGCAUCUGUUGGUGAUCUAUAUGCCGGAGCUGGAGUAAUUGGAUUAUCAUUAGCUUUCUCUAGGAAAUGCAGUUCUGUCAAGUGCAUUGAGGUUAACAAAGAGGCAAAACAGUCUUUUGAGAAGACGAUCCAGCGGUUACCCACCUCACCAGAUUGCAGCAUCAGCUGGCACCAUGCAGAUGCUUCAGUUGACCCUGUUUCAUGGAUUAUAGGAUCAGAUGUACUUGUCGUUGACCCUCCUCGGAGGGGUCUGGAUGCAUCUCUGAUUCAUGCCUUGGAGUCUGUGGCCUCACUUGAGAAAAAAUUUAAGUCAUCACCAGAAAGUUCAACCUCAAAGCCGAAAGAAGAGAAGAGACCAUGGAUUUUAAGAGCAAGGGAAGCUUCAGUCCAAGCUGGCAACAAAUUGAUUGCUGAGGAUAGUAAAGUAUUGCCUCAAACAUUAAUAUAUAUAAGCUGUGGUUGGGAAAGCUUUAAGGAGGACUGCAAGGUGUUAUUAUCUAGCAAAGCAUGGGACCUAGAAAAAGCCCACGGUUUCAAUUUCUUUCCCGGUACCCAGAGCAUUGAAGUUUUGGCCGUGUUCAAGAGGAAGGUUGAGGUCAAGAAAAAGAAGAAAUCUGGAAAAAAGAAGUUGCGUGCUUAGAAGUGACAGUGUUAUCUUUAACACAAAAAGUUCCUAAUGAGGAGUCUGAAAGGCGGAAGGGGGGAUCCAAGUAAGGAUUCUUUGUGUAAGCAUGCAAGCAGAAGAAUCGCGUGUCUGUAACUCCUGAACUUCAAAGGUCAGAGAGGGCAUCCCAAAUAUAAAGGGAUCAUUUUUGUCCUGCACCGCCUCUAUUAUACAGGGGAUAUGGUCCUUUUCUUAUUAUGUGAAACUGAUCGUGGAAAAAAAGAAGCUUUACAAGAAGAAAACCAAAUCUAUCA